AUGCUAAACAAAAGAACUAUAAGGUAUGCAGGUGAACCGCAGGCCGUGGCGGCGGUGCGAGGAUGCCCUCAAGGGGGAGUCCUGUCACCUCUGCUGUGGUACCUAGUAGUCAACAACCUUAUAACCAAACUGAACGAGGAACACUUCUACACAAUAGGCUACGCUGAUGAUCUGGCAAUAUUAAUAUCAGUGCUCAAUUCGGGCACGGAUCGGAUUCAUAAACAAGCUAUCUUCGACAAAAGGUACAAAAUACAGUUAUACGAGGACGACAAUUACGAAGGACUCAAUCCUCGGGAGCUCAGAAUCUUCACUGAUGGGUCCAAAAAAGACAGCGGAUCGGGCUCUGGAACCUUCUCAGAAGACCUGAACAUGUCAAUCACCACUCCGCUAGGAGCCCAUAACUCGGUAUUCCAAGCUGAGUGCAUGGGCAUCAUAAACGCGGCGGCUGCCAUCACUGCAAGGAAGGUAGUAGGAUCCUCCAUCCGCAUACUCUCCGACAGUAGAGCAGUCUUGAUGGCUCUAAAAAGCCAUAUAGUCACAUCCAAACUUAUACACGAAUGCCACGAACGACUAAUGGAGGUAUGUCAUAACAAUAAGAUCACCCUACAAUGGAUCAAAGGACACAGCGGAUCCCGGGGUAACGAUGCUGCGGACGAGCUUGCCAGGCAAGGAUCGAAUGCGGGAGCGAUUGGCCCAGAACCGAUCCUCCCGAUACCGUUUAGCAAGGUACGCUCAAUGCUGCUGGCACGUACAGGGAAACUACACACAGAACAUUGGCUAAACCAGACUGGAUGCAGACAGGCCAAACAAGCCAUGCCUGGCAUCAACGGAAAGCUCACAAGGGUGCUCCUUCAAUUAGGAAAGACCCGACUGAGCAUGGUAACCAAUGUCAUAACAGGUCAUCGACUAUUUAACAAACAUCUUUUUAUAACAGGUGUCACAGACAGUCCCCUAUGCAGAGGAUGCAUGGAGACAGAAGAAACAGCCUCUCACGUGGUGCUGGAGUGCAGCGGAGUGGCCCCAUACAGGGCAAAACAUCUCGGAUCCCCGAGAGACCUCCCCGAGGUCCUACUCAACAUCAAAGAUUUAAUAGGUUUCCUCGAGGAGCUGGGCUGGCAGGACUAGCCCACCCCCAUGUCA